CUCUCUCUCUCUCUCUCUCAUCUGCUGUUUACUCAGAUCAUUCUUUUUUUUUUCUUUCUUUUUUUUUUUUUGCACCCUGCUCCCUGGCUUAAGUGCAUGAAGCUCAUGUGGUUGCCAGGAUACACAGAGAUACAGUUCGCAGGACAGGUAGCAAGGCUGUGUGUCAAACCUUCUAAAGAAAAAGAAUCUGCAUUUUUUAUCUAAAACAAUUUCUACCACUUCAUCUUCCAGGAUCCUUAGCAGGUUCGAAAAUAUCAUCAGCCCUCUUACAACUGCACACAAUGCCUAUUAGUUUCAGUGAUCUUACAAAUCAGUAUGGUUUAAUAUUAAUAAAUAAUAAGUGAGAACAUUGUGUUUGUUUGAGCGUUUCAAUUCUGGUAAGCCAUAGCCAUAAGUUUACAACACAAGUGUUAUUCAACGCACAAUACCACUGACCACACAGUUGGCUAAAUAUUAAUGUUUUAGAUAUAUUGUACUAUACAUUAUAGAAGUGUAGUCCCUCGUGGGCCCGAGAUACCGACCCUGACAUUCGGCACAAAGUGGUCCAAGGAAGGAACAGUGGUGAACCGGCGGAAGGGUUGGUGUGCAGUUAACACCAGCUUUGAUGUCAGAUACAAAGACAGUCCUUUCUUUCUCUGUCCCAUGAAGUUCUUUCCCCUACUGUUUCAGAGAUACAAAAGAAAAGGUGCAUUCCUUCAAUUUUUAAAUGAAUUGUUGUCCAACCAUGUAAUAGUGCAGUGAGACCAGAGCAAUACUUAUUUUCAAGUUCUACUUGCCACAUAACAGAGACAUUUCUUCAAUUCUCAGGCAUUUAAACUUCUGCACCACAAGUGGUUGAGUCAUACACAGGCAACCUUGUCACCCAUGAUAGCCACUGGGAACAGGAUAUUUGCUGUAUUUCAACAUCAGCCUGGUGUGCGCCCUGAAAAAAAACAAAAAAAACGCACGCCCAUGCUCAUGUAUCAACCAUGGUGAACAGUAUCCGUAGAGGCACUUCCUUAAACAGUGACAGCUCACAGUUCAUUGGCAUGGGGCUAGAUUUACUAAAUACUAGCUAUCACACCAGCGUGUGGUGGACCUUGAUGUUCUCGCCAUUCAAAUUCAUUCAGGCCUCAUCAUUGUGGCAAGGUGUCUAAAAGCACAAACAAUGGUUUCCUGGUGAUUCACAGCAUUCUUAAGAAACUUUGGAGCAGUGUCUUUUAAAACAGACAUAAUCACCAGGGACCAGAUGACUAAUUUCGUGUGCUGGGGGUUCUAGGAGCUUGUGGCUUCUACACUACAUAGAAUGGAAUUGAGGGUGGUCCAUUUGGCCAGCUCUUGUAUAUCUCCAAAAGCUAGAACACACAGACAAUCUGCUUGGUCUUUCAACCAUCAAGACAGUACUCAUCUUAAACAGAACCUCCUCAUGUGGUGCCAUCAUUGACUGGACUCACUGCUCUUGAUAUUGCAUGGCCUGUUGCUAGCAUGCAUGAGUCCAGGGUUAGUGGUGUCUGUACUCAAACAUGGUAGCCCUGAUAUGGGGGGUGGGUGGCACAGUGGACCUCUUUGAGUUUCUCAAUAAUAGAACUAGACACUUUUUAGAGACAGAAUUCCCAGGCACAUGAAGUCACGGCUUAUAUUCUUGUCCUCCUCUACCCUUGACCCUUCCUGCAUGUGGCAUGAAGAAGAUUGGCAAAGCCUUGUUCGCAACUGCUGCUUUCAAUAGUUGUCUGAACAUUCUGGUGGUCAGAUCACCUGUCUGAAGGCUGUCCCUUAGGCUGAAAUCACCAAAUGAAGACAUGCAUACAAAAUACUUGUAUACCACAUUUUUUUUCUAUCAUUAUUAAUGAUAAAUUGUCAUUUUGCACAACUAACAAUAAUAUGAAACCGAUGCUAAAUAGCAAAAAUCUAAAUAAACCACUUGCAUAGAUUCAUAUUGCUUAAAUCAUUUUGAAUGAAUUCAUCCUAAGCCUUAAUUGUUACCAGAUAUCACCAGAAUUUAAUUAAAUAUUAAUGCUAGUCUUGCAUAAUCAUUACAGUGAGUUUUAAUGCCAUGUUUAAGAUACUGAGGCAUCUAAUGAGGUGCAAAUUAUGUUCAAUGCGCGUGCAUUUGAACCCGGUGCGAAUGUCAUCUGAUGCAAAUGCCUUGUGAAUUAACCGACCAGAUAAUUGCUCCCACAUUCCGAGCCGAAGAAUAAUAGAGAGCAUUGUGUGUGGAGUGGAGACAGAAGGCCACCAUCAGAUGGAGUUAAAAAAAAGAAAAGAAAAUGUCUUCUUCUUUUUUUUUACAUGUGAUGCAGGGCCAUGACAUUGGUGGCAGCAUUUAUUUCCUUUUUACUGAGAGACCCUAACAUGUCUUGUAACCAUUACUAGAAAAAAGACAAAAAACAAUGCCAAACUGCCAAUCCCUUGUAUGUUAAAAGAGAAUGUAAGAUACUACGUGCAGUUCUUCUGAACCCUGAAGAAAAGAAGAAAAAAUCCCCCCCCUUUUGUUCACUUGAAAGCAGAGUCUGUGUGUUCACCAGUUAAGUAGUCUUAUCACACUGGUGCAAUCAAUAUGGUCUGGUGUUACAUGUGAAUGGCCAAAUGAAAACAGGCUGCUGUCUUACCACUUCUAAACAGGGCAAAAAAACAGUUCUCUGCAUUACUAUGACUGUCCACAAGAAGUACAGAGGACAGUCCGUUUCUGUAACAGGUGAUCAGGAGGAACUGAUCUAAUUCAUAAAGUACAGUACACUCCUAUGUGAUAAUUACCUGGAUGUAGCAGGCACAGCUAGAAAUUGUACAGGGUCUGACUUGCGAAUCUGUCAGUCCUAACAUCUGAUGGACAGUUUGUCUCAAAAAAAAAGUGUUGUUUUUGUUUUCCCUCGCAAUGAACAGGUCACAUUACUUACACACAGCUCAACACAGGUUGACUCAUAUCCUACUGAUUAACAUUAAUUUACAGCCAAUAUGUGCUACAAAGUGAUCCAGGAAACCGGUUGUGUAAUAUAUGUUUAUAUUUAGGCAUGUCUUCAUUACAGUGUUUGGAAUAAUAUGGUAUUGGUGUACUGGGAUGAAGGAGAAUAAUAUGUUAUUGGUGUUCUGUGAUGAAAUAUUUUUGAUACGCAUGCGCUUUCUGUCUGUGUGUGUGUGUGUGUGUGUGUGAGAGAGAGAGAGGGAGAGAGAGAGAUAGAAGGGGGGGCGUCUUGACGUCAUUCGUGUUUUUAGCGGUCUACACGGUUUCCACAAACACACUCUCCUCUCGUGCUGUCUUCAGAUCUGUAUGGUCAAUGCUUUGCCUCAAACCUCCAUGCUUGUGGAAAGCCUCUGUUUUCCUCCAAGACCAGAAGCUUUCACACGGAGGACAAGCUUCUCAGUUUUCCUUAAUGUGAAGUAAAAGGUUGGUCACUGUAAAGAUGAAUGAGAGCGCAACAGCAAACGAGAGCGUGGCAGGAUUUCCCAUGACCUCGUGGGUGGAAGCCGGAGCCUUCAGCGGAAACAGCAGCCUUGCGCUUUCCUCAUCCACCUUGCUUCUCGAUUUUCCUAUAAACCCAUGGGACAUUAUGCUGUGCCUCUCCGGCACGGUGAUCGCAUGUGAGAACGCCAUCGUGGUGGCGAUCAUCUUUUACACGCCGACUCUGCGCACCCCCAUGUUCGUGCUGAUCGGUAGCCUUGCCACAGCCGACCUGCUCGCGGGAGUGGGACUGAUCUUAAACUUUGCGUUCCAGUACUUGAUCUCGUCGGAGACGGUCAGCCUGAUCACGGUCGGUUUCCUCGUGGCAUCGUUCACAGCCUCGAUCAGCAGCCUGCUGGCCAUCACAGUGGACCGCUACUUCUCUCUGUACAACGCGCUCACAUACCUGUCGGAGAGAACGUUGCACUGCGUGCACUUGAUGCUGCUAGGCGCGUGGGGAGCGUCGCUGGGUCUCGGCAUGCUGCCCGUGCUUGGCUGGAACUGCGUGCACGACACGGCCUCCUGCAGCGUCGUGCCGCCCCUCACGCGCACCAACGUGGCACUGCUUGCCGUUGCCUUCUUCACCAUUUUCAUCCUCAUGCUUGGCCUCUACUGCAAGAUCUGCAAGAUUGUUUGCCGCCACGCGCACCAGAUAGCGCUUCAGCGCCACUUCCUCGCGCCGUCACACUAUGCCGCCACCAAGAAAGGAGUCUCCACGCUCGCCAUCGUCCUCGGCACGUUUGGCGCGAGCUGGCUGCCCUUUGCCAUCUACUGCUUGGUGGGCGAGCGCGGGGACCCGGCCGUGUACACGUACGCUACGCUACUUCCGGCCACCUACAACUCCAUGAUCAACCCGAUCAUCUACGCGUAUCGCAACACCGAGAUUCAGCGCUCGCUCUACGUGCUUUUCUGCGGCAGCGCGCGCACCGACGUGUCCUAUCGUUCAAGAUCACCGAGCGAGGUCUAGCUGCGGCGUUUUCUUUUUCCUCUUAAGACUCACUUUACCUUGACUGCAUUUACUAAAACGAAAGUGUCAAAUCAAAGUUAGUCAUUUACACAAUUGCACUUUACCAAGUCUCGAGCCAGCCAUGUGUCGGUCUUAAUGCUGUGAACAACUUUGUGGACUUUGUGGCGACAAAGCAACAACCUCAUGUUAAGAAUGUAUCUGAACUAUUUGAAGCAAGAGAAAAAAAAACAACAACAAAAAAGCAGCACUUUAUAUGAAGAUUUCAAAUGCCAAAGCAGUAUUGUACAGCCCUGUGACUUCUGUGAUUUAUGUGAUGGAUUUUUUUAUCUUGUAAAAUUGUCUCUGAAUAUUAUAUGGUUUUAUAUGGGAAAGAAAGUGAAUUAAAUAUGUGUAUCUGCAGUUUGUCUCUGGAAAUUGCACAGUAAACACUUUCAUAGUUUUUUCUCCCCACGAUGCCAGGCACCAAAGAGUGGGGAAAAAAGACACAUUAAUUCAAUUCAUUUCAAUUCAAUUUAUUUGUAUAGCACUUUUAACAAUGGACAUUGUCUCAAAGCAGCUUUAAAGAAGUACAGAAACAGAGAAGAAAAAAUGAUAAUGUUUAAAGUAAAGUAACUAUUUUAUCUCUAAUGAGAAGCCUGAGGUGACGAUGGCAAGGAAACUCCCUGAGAGGAUAUGAGGAAGAAACCUUGAGAGGAACCAGACUCAGAAGGGAACCUCAUCCUCAUUUGGGUGACACUGAACAUAAAUAAUAUAAAUGUAACUAAAUAAUGUCCUUUCUACAACCACAACCAAGUAUUCAUGAGGAACUAUUAGAUCAGUUUCUGAGUUCAUUAGCAGCCACAAAGCCAACUGUACACAUCACAUUCACUUGUAAUUC